AAACUCCCUCCUUUCGUUUUUCCUCCUCUUCUUCUUCAUCUUCUUCUUUACCUCAUCACACACCGCAAAACUCCCAACAAAUAGCGUAAAAAGAAACCACAUAAAUAAAUAUAUAAAAGAGGAUAUAAAAAAAAACUUUCCUCUGGACUUUUAUUCAUCCUCACACACACAUAUAUAUAAGCAUUUGGCCGAAAGUGGAAUAAAACCCCUUUUUUCUAUAGUUUCGCUCAUUUUCCCCCUCCUCUUUUUCGCACCUGUUCUUUCUUCCGUAUUCUCAAUAUUUCCUACACCCCCGGUCUUUUUCAUAGUCAUCAUCAUCAUCCAUAAUCACUGUCAAUAAUAUCUUCUGAAAGCGUUUAUUAUUAUUAUAUUUGUUGUUGCGCGAAUCGGAAAGAAAUGCUGCUGUUGCUGAUUUACUCUGGAGAUUCUGUGACGUAGUCGUGGGAAUUAUUCAACUGGGUCCUCUUCAUCAUGGCGACGGGAGGCAAAUCUCCACAAAGAGGCGGUGGAGAUGUUAAACAGCCGCCACCACACAAUGAUUCUACAGCCAGAUAUUUAUCUGACAAUGACAUGUAUGACAGGAUGACUGCAUUGAGCAAACAAUUGGCAAGAGUGAUGACCAGCAACGCGACUAAAGGCCACCUGGCCGGGAACAGAGAAGCCGAGACCGUGAUGCAAAAGGCGGCCCUGGUCCUCAUGGCCAGCGCCGAACACAGCCGCCAAUUGCAAGAGGACAAGCGUCGCAUGAACGCCAAAAUCAAAGAGCUCAUCGACACCACUCACUCUCUAGAGAAGAACUAUUGCGCCAAAAUCCGGUCCCUGUCUGACACGAUUCUCAAAAUGAAACGCACCGUGGCGGCAUUGAGAAGGAAACUGGUUUUGAUGGCGUGUCAUCGAAGGAAACCCGAGGAAUUUGACUGGGACGACUUGGGUUGCGCCGCCGGCGACGCUGCGAAAGUCGUGGCGAGCGAGAGUUGUUUGCACGCAGUGUCAUCUAUGUACGUUGAUCGGAAACUGCCCGCGGGGUUUCUGGACAAUCGAAGCCUAGAGAACACUAGCGACCCAAUUUACGAAGCGAAGAAGCAGCAAGAAAGCACAACUGAAAUGCAUCCCAUCAAUAACAAGAGGUCCCCGAAGCCUCGGAAAAAUAGCGUCAGAUCGAACCGAUCGUUCGCCUCGGAAACCUCUUCAGGCACUUACGUCCUCGGAGCAGAAGAAGCCAAUCAAGUCAGGAACAAACCACCGAUCAACACUGACAAAUGGAUGACCCGAAACAACAAAUGGACACACGACUUAGACGACCUUUUCUCGGCGACAGAAAAGGACGAACCCGUUGGCAAAAUGCGAGCGUCUCCUACGCGAAAUCGUCACUGUUCUCCCAAGAAAAUAACUGCUGAAGACACUUACAAGGCUCGGACUAAAACAAGUCCGCGUCGAAGCGACAAGCAAGAGACUUACACUAAGAGAAGAGGGAAUAAAAAUAAAAGCCUCAUUAAGGACUUCAGCGAAGAGUCGGAAAAUUACGAAAAUGAAGUAGCAGACGCAAAAACAGCGGGAAAAUAUAGUAUUGCUGGUCAAACUGAAAAGCAAGCGAAACAGGAAACGAAAAGCUCUGGGAUUCAAAAAAGGAGACGUACUUUCAAACCUCAGCAGUCAGGAACGGACAGUCCACCAGAGCCGAAAACGUCGCUGAGAACUCAGCAGCAAAAAGCGACUGUCGCCAAUAACCAGGUCACGCCAAAGUGCAGAAAAACAGCACACAGUAAUCCUGCUCCCAAGACUGACACUCAUUCGCCCAAGACUAGAAGGUUUGAGAGGAAAAACAGGGACGAAGACGAGGACCGAUUACUCGGCUGGAGGUCCGUAUUCCACAGCAAAAAUGCGGCCAAACGCGAGCAAAAAUCAUCCCAAGUCAAUAAACGAGAUUCCCCCAGUGAUGCUGGAGACUCGAGCCUUUCACCGGAUGAACGUAAAGUGAUUGAAAACAACAAGUCCAGGAAAUCAAGGAAAAGGAUCGUCGCUAAUGAGCCGACCUCCAGGCAUAAGGACAGCAAAAAUGCGGCCAAACGCGAGCAAAAAUCAUCCCAAGUCAAUAAACGCGAUUCCCCCAGGAGGAAGCCAGCAGAGAGACCAGCUUCCAGGAUCCCAGUGAUGCCGCGACGCGCCACAAAUUCCCGGUCGCCAAAAUCCCGCCGGUCUUCCGUCGACGACGACGACGACGAAGAGGAGGAAGAAGAAGAAGAGGACAUUUCCCCGCCGUCGGACGGCUCCUUGUCGAGCCGAGUGAACGUGCUCAAUCAGUUGUACACGAACCUCAAGAAAUUCUCUGCCAAUUUCGGCGACCAAGACGGACGUUCGCCGAUUGGCCGGCAAAUCAGAGCCAUGAACAAAAUGUACCAGCGCAUCAAGAAGGAGUUGAGGAACAGUGACGUGGCCGGGGAUGACAGGGUUGCCAGUCGCGUGAACAAACAGAUCUCAGAGUUCAAGCGGCUCAUGCAGGAAUUGCCGGAUGUCCUUUUGCGCGGGGAUUGA